AUGUACACGACCAUAAGUACCAAAAGAAACCAUGGACUACGGUGCCGUCCCGGUAGUAUCCCCUGGAGGCGGCAGGCGGCGGCGGUAGAGCGGAGGGAGAGUGAGAGAGAAUGCCGGUGGGUCACGGCCUUCGUUCUCGCACCAGGGACCUCUUCUCCCGGCCCUUCCGGAAGAAAGGGUACAUCCCCCUUACGACGUACCUGCGUACCUACAGGAUCGGCGACUAGGUCGAGAUUAAGGUCAACGGCUCUGUACACAAGGGCAUGCCGCACAAGUUCUACCACGGUCGCACCGGUAAGUUCUGGAACGUCACCAAGCGCGCCGUCGGCGUCGAGGUCAACAAGCAGGGUACAGUUGUGUGGAUCGACCAAUUCCAGAUCAUGCAAUGGCUGGGGCCUUAUGAACUGUCCUGCUUACUCUGGUAGUGUUGGCUUUCACUUCAUGCCAAUUGAUGGUGGAGCAAAAUUUUCUACUUCCAGGUCGGCAACCGGCUCAUCAAGAGAAGGAUCCAUGUCUGCAUGGAGCAUGUGCAGCCGUCCAGGAGCCAGGGAAGAUUUUCGCUCAAGGAUGAAAAAGAAUGACCAAUUGAAGGCCGAGGCAAAGGCAUGUGGCGAGGUCAUCAGCACCAAACGGCAGCCGGAGGGCCCUAAGCCUGGCUUUAUGGUGGAAGGUGCGACUCUUGAGACUGUCACCCCUAUUCCUUACGAUGUGGUCAAUGACCUCAAGGGUGGUUAGUGUCUCUUCUGGCCAAAUUUUGUUUCUCUAUAUGCUUGAUCCUUGCUUUCUUUGAAAGACUUCAUUCUAUCAACAUCAGUUGUCCAUGGCAGAUGUGAGACUUGUUUAUCAUGAGUCCACAUCGGUCGGAUCGAAUUUUCCACAAUUGAAUGCACUACUAGUCUCUUCUCCUGUAUUGCCUAAUUCAUCCGUGUUCACUUUGUAAAGAUGUUAAUAGUAAUAU